AAUAAUGUUUUUGUUUUUCUAAAAAACCGGCUUCGAACGAAUCAAAUUUAUCCAGGUAUUAUUAGUUUUUUUAUUUUUACAAAAACAGAUUUGAUGUGAGUUGUGUGUAGUGUUCAAAGUUCUUUAUCAUGGGAGCGACAUCAUAUCUAACUUUGCUGACUGCCUUAAGUGUAUUCACGGCUUUAUUUGCCAUACUUUAUCAAGCUUAUCUUGCAUCAAACGAUUUGAAAAAGUUAACAUUGAUACUGCAAAAUCUAAAAAAAUUAGAGCAAGAAUUCCCCGUGAACAAACCGAGGGUCGCCAUUGGCUAUGGAUCUUGCAGUGAUCUGUACGUGAAGGCGGUGGAUUUCCUAAAUUUUACAACCAGCUUGGAAGAACUCUUACAUCAGACAUCGUUCAACGUGGACGAUAUUAACACAGAAAAUGAUUUCUUGCAAAGUUUUGCGUAUUACUUUCAGAGAGGUGCUGCCGCAGAACGCUUCACUACCAAUAAAGCUAUGUUUAGGAAACUAGUCACACAAGCUAAGAAAUCUUUCAACGCAGAACCAAGAUGGGCACUAGGAGGAAAUGCUCCCGUGAUAGCAUCACGUUUAGCUGCGGAAGGUGCGGAUGUGAUGCUGGGAGCCAAAAUGUCAUUGAAGCUAAAAACUCACCUUAAUCCAGAUAUUCACCUAACUGGUAGUUUGAUCGAUGACGAUGACAUUCAUCUGAUACUUGAAUACAAAACAGGCGAUGAAUGGGGUACCCUGCGAACUCCUCGAGCCAAUCGGUAUAUAUUACACAACGAUCAUCACAAUCCAUUUAUUAGCUCCUUAGAAGAACUAGAGCAAGCCUUACCUGAAUUCGAUCCUCAUUUAUUCGUAGUAAGUGGCUUACAAAUGAUGGAUAAUUUCGUAUAUGAUCAAGGUGUACGGGAAGACCGAAUCGAAAAAGUCUGUAAUCAAAUGCAAACGCAAUCGUCUGAUACUCUAGUACACUUUGAAAUGGCCAGCUUUGUGGAGUUAGAAUUUCUGCAAUUACUUCUGCAUAAGAUUGUACCGUACAGCGAUUCGAUUGGUAUGAACGAACAAGAAUUAGAUAAUCUACAACAGGUACUGGAUACUGGGAAAAUCAGUCUAGUAGCGGAUAGUAACCCGCGAGUCGCCCAAUCACUCGAUCAGGCUAGACACGUCUUCAAAAUGCUAAAUGAAGACUAUUUCAAAAACUAUCUGGCCGAAAAACAACGCCGUCUGCUGUCGCGUAUUCAUCUGCACACGUUAGCAUAUCAAGCAAUUCUUGUUGUAAAAGAUGGCAAAUGGAAUAACACGAAAAAUGCUGCAGCCAAAGCAUCCCUCACUGCUCAUAGACACGUAUGUGCUAGUACUAUCGUUAAUCCGGAUGCUGCUUAUAGGCUGCUAGACGACAGUUUUGCCACUUCAACAGAGUAUGGAGCCGCAAGAAUUCCAUUUUCAGAGCAUGAUCCGGUUUCCUGUUGGAACGAAACCAUUGCAAUAAAUGACCACAAACAGCUAGAUGUAGAGAUCUGUGUGGCACCGGUACUGAUUUGCAAGAUCGCAAAACAAACUGCUGGUGCCGGCGAUAACAUUUCUGCGGCAGGUCUUAUAUUGCAAAUUUAGUACUGCGUAAAUAUUUACAUUAACAUUCCGAGUUGAUCGUUACAAAUUUUUAGAUGUUGUUUACAUAUUAGUUCAUCAAUUAAAGUAUACUAAAAGCAUUUGUAUACAUUUUAACGGUAUAUAUGAGCGUUUGAGCUUAGUUGAACAUUCCCACAUUAUUGUGCGCUUUUGAAUAAAACUCUGACGAUACCUUAUAACAGUCCUUUUAAUGAA